GAAAAUUUCCAGACCAGGAAAUCUCGCCGCAAAACUUUUGUACGCUAUUCCUGGGCUCUGCACAGCCUUUUAAGUUGAAUUUUUUGAGUUUCCCAAAGCGGGCGCAUGAUUUAGACGCCUGCAGAUAUGUCAAUAGUCACUGCAGCAACGUGGGUGCCGCGAGGCCAGGCGGCGCAGUUCCCCACCAAGGCUGUCUUUGACGGCGAGGAAUACUCACGAAUAGCGAAACUCGCAAAACUACAACUGGACGAUGCACAAGCAGAGUUAGAGGAAGCUCAGGAAGCCGAGGAAGUCGAGGAAGAAGUAACAGGCACUGAACAGGCGAACGGCGCUGCUAAAAAUGCAAAGUCGAAAAAAAAGUCGAGCGAUCAGAAGGAAGACGUGGAUGACGAUUUGAAAGAGUACGAUUUGGACAACUAUGACAACGACGAGGAAGACGAAGACGGUACAAAGAAUGUUCUGGGCAUGUUCUCUAAUAUCAAGUCUCUUGCUUAUUAUGAAUCCAACGACGACGAUCCAUACAUCACACUCAAAGAUGGCGAGGACUCAGACUCGGAGCGAGAAGAGCUUGAGAUCAUGGACACCGAUAACCUGCUUCUUGCUGCGCGGAUAGAAGAUGAGGUUGCACACCUUGAAGUAUAUGUAUACGAGGAUGAGGCCGAUAAUCUAUAUGUACAUCACGAUAUCAUGCUCCCAGCUAUACCUUUGACGGUGGAAUGGCUAAACUACGGCGUUGGCCGCGAGGCAAACGAAGGUGGGAAGGCCAAUUUCGUCGCUGUAGGAACCAUGGACCCGGAGAUCGAAAUUUGGGAUCUGGACGUCGUUGACAGCAUGUACCCCAAUGCCGUCCUUGGCCAGGUUUCAGAAUCGGCGACGGAAGUGGACAAGUCAAAGAAGAAAAAGAAGAAGAAGAAGUCGAAGAAGCCUAAUGAAAAUCACCAUGUUGAUGCUGUGUUAUCUUUGGCAGCAAACAGACAGCACAGCCAGCUGCUGGCGUCUGCGUCCGCGGACACAACAGUUAAACUGUGGGAUCUGAGUACGACGCAAUGUGCUAAGUCGUAUAGCUGGCACACGGACAAAGUAUGCUCAAUAGCAUGGAACCCAAAGGAUACGACGGGUUUGUUAAGUGGAAGUUACGAUCGAACUGUUGUGCUGGCGGACAUGCGUGCGCCAGAUGGAGAGGUUCGCCGCUGGGGUGUCGAGAGCGAUGUGGAAAGCGUGCGAUGGAACCCUCAUGAUCCCUUCUUCUUCUACGUGUCGACAGAAAAUGGUGUCAUUCAUUACCACGAUGCUCGGGUGGCGCCCACAGAUAUUUCGAAGACAAAGCCAUUAUGGACCUUACAAGCACACGACAAAGCUAUCACCACGUUCGACGUCAAUCCCAUUAUCCCAGGGUUUCUAGUCACGGGCUCAGCAGACAAACAGACUAAACUGUGGAACAUUGAUCCAGCCGCCGGCCCGUCCAUGGUUGUAUCACGUGAUCUUGGUGUUGGUCAAGUUUUUGCCACGAGUUUUGCACCAGACCAGGAAGUGGGAUUUAGAUUGGCCGUUGCAGGAAGCAAAGGUGAUGUCAAAGUUUGGGACACUAGCACAAACAAAGCCGUUCGAAGCGUAUUCGCAGGAAGAGUGAGGGAGGGUAUCUUUGGAAAAGAAGGCGAUGCAGAGGUUGAGGAAAGAUUUGUCGGAGUUGAGGAGAGCAGCGAUGAGGAUAGCAGUGACGGGGAGGAAGCUGGUGAGGAGGGCCAAGACGGAUGGGAGGACGAAGAUGAAGACGAGGAGAUGGAGGGAUGAGCAUUGCACUGCCGGUCUUGCUGCCGGAGAAAAGAGCUGAUGGUCAGUUGAAGGGUUGAAAAUGAAAUUUACACCCGUUUGGCUUUCUCGGAGAACGAAGUUGUAAGCGAAGCGGCUCAACAUUCAUGCUGGCCAACGUGAACUUCUGUUUCGAAUAAUAGUGUGGCGGUUGAAGCAGUGGCACCCAUCACCAAGUCACUUGUAACGCUUCUCGUGCAAACAAUGAGCAGGGAUGGAUUUUGGACGCGUCAAGGCUGCUGCAAGAUCCGUUAUGUAGAGCUGCCAUUGAGGGUGUGGAGGCACAAGAUAUGGAACGUGCUAUGCCAAUAUUUUCAAGACUGACAAGCAUGCUGUUGUGUAAAUCAUGCAGUGAUUCAAACAAAUGUGUUUCUGG